AAAACUAACACCUGUAAAGAGAAUUGGGGAAGAGUCAAAUUUCCCACAAAAAUAUCCUACUCCUUCUCCUCCACCUGUCUCGUGAUUUUGCCCUCAUCAUCAAUGCAAAGAAAAGAAGAACAGAUCUGGAGAUUCUAACAGCUUUUCAGAAAUGUUAACUCUGCCAUUAAAGAGUAGAAACAUGAAAACGCCUACAGGAAUAAAAAUUACUUCAACACUUGUAUUCAUCUUCAUUCUCUUCUUUGUUGGUUACAUUUGUUCUCGCCACAUUGAUUCUCCUAUACUCAGAAAUAGUUUUAGCACGACCUCGAAAAACACCAAGAGUCUAAUUCAAAGGAAAGAAUCCCCAAAGAGAUUAGAGAUUCCACUUAACUGCUCGAAUGGAAACCUGACCAAUACCUGUCCUAUAAGUUAUCCAGGAACAUUAAUUUCGUCAACCAACACAGUCGAAAAUUCAUUACCCUCAACAAAAACAUGCCCUGAUUAUUUCCGCUGGAUCCAUGAAGAUCUUUGGCCAUGGAGAAAUACUGGGAUCACGAAAGAGAUGGUAAUGCGUGCAAACAGGACAGCAAACUUCAGAUUAGUUAUUGUUAACGGUAAAGCUUAUCUGGAAAUGUAUGAGAAGGCUUUUCAAACAAGAGAUACAUUUACUUUAUGGGGAAUUCUACAGCUACUGAGGAGGUAUCCAGGGAAGUUGCCAGACUUGGAUUUGAUGUUUGACUGCGUUGACUGGCCAGUUGUCAGCUCUAGUGAGUAUAAGCAACCUAACGCCACUGCUCCUCCACCGGUGUUUCGUUAUUGUGCAGACGACUCAACUUUGGACAUCGUCUUUCCAGAUUGGUCCUUUUGGGGUUGGCCUGAAAUUAAUAUAAAACCAUGGGACACUCUAUUGGAGGAGCUGAAAGAGGGAAAUAGGAAGAAGAAAUGGAUAGAAAGGGAACCUUAUGCAUACUGGAAAGGGAACCCUGAAGUAGCUGAAACCAGGAAAGACCUUCUCAAAUGCAAUGUCUCUGACAAACAGGAUUGGGGAGCUCGGCUCUAUGCCCAGGAUUGGGGGCAUGAGAUUCAAAAAGGGUUCCAACAAUCCAAUUUAGCAGACCAAUGCACUCACAGAUACAAGAUCUAUAUUGAGGGAUCAGCUUGGUCAGUCAGCGAAAAGUAUAUUUUAGCUUGCGAUUCUCUUACAUUGCUGGUUAAGCCCCUGUACUAUGAUUUCUUCACAAGAAGCUUAGAACCUAUGAAACACUACUGGCCGGUUAAGGUCGAUGACAAGUGCAGAUCCAUUAAGUUCGCUGUUGAUUGGGGUAACAGACACAAACAGAAGGUUCAGGACAUUGGAAAGGCUUCCAGUGAUUUCGUCCACAAAAAUCUAACGAUGGAUUUUGUUUAUGACUAUAUGUUUCAUCUAUUAAACGAAUAUGCCAAACUGUUGACAUAUAGACCUACAAUACCCCCAAACUCAGUAGAACUUUGUUCUGAGACCAUGGCUUGCCCAGCAAAUGGAGUUGAGAAAAAUUUCAUGAUGGCAUCCAUGGUGAAAUAUCCUAGUGAUAGUGGUCCAUGCAUUAUGCCUCCUCCAUUUGAUCCUCCAUCGUUUCGUUCUAUACGUUCAAAAAAAGAACAAUCUGUUAGAAAGGUGGAGAUGUGGGAGAACAAAUUUUGGAGCAGCCAAAUCAAAUAGUUCUUGAAGGUUAUCUGGUUAUGUAUCUUCCUUGCCACGAAUAUAAGUUUUCUUUUUUAAUAUAAACUUAAAGAAAGGUGUAUUUUACUUAUAAAUGUAUCAAUAUGAAAUUCCGUGUAUAUCUAAUUAUGAUUAUACUGUGGUCUAGCUCAUGUGUGGUGCGUGGUUUACGAUUGAAAACAUUUUGAGACGACCAGAGUUACAUGAUAAACUAGCAGUGAAUAAAGGAGUUAAUGCA